UAUUAUAUUGUUUUAUUAUGACCACAAGCACUAAAUGUAUGUCAGCUGGCUUUAAUAAUAAAAUCCCCCAGAGGGCAGAGUGAUCACUGUUUAUAAAUAAAAUUCUAUUGAUUAUAAACACAUGUUAGUGUAAACACUGAGAGUGAGAGUUCUACUGGUGGAUAAGCUUCAUGGGAGAAUAUUAAGGAAUAGUAUGAAAGUUUAACAGAUUUUGCCACAGUAUAUGUGACAGACCAUGAGUUUGGAGGAAUAUGAAGAAGGCCAAUAUCUGACACCAGACGAUGAAGACAUAAUUGACAAAGGAAACUAUAUUCUGAACUCAAGACCAUACCACCGGCAUGGAAGAGGACGUUCAUUUCAUCAAGGAUAUUGGCGUGGCAGAAGUUUCCAGGGAAGAGGAAAGCCACUCAGAGGUAAAUUUCUAGCCAACACAAGAAAAACCAGAAAAUCAUUGGAGAAUGAACAUGAACAGGAAAAUAGAUCUCCAAAUUCCAGUCUGGAAAGGUCAAGAGAUUCAAAAGAAUGGUCAUAUUCAAGGUCAUAUAGACACAGUAGAGAAAAAUCUCCCACACCAUCAAGGAGAAGUAAUAGUAGAGGAAGGUCACAUAGGACUCAUAGCCGUGAGAGGUCACAUCGGACUCAUAGCCGUGAGAGGUCACAUCGGACUCAUAGCUGUGAGAAGUCACAUCAUGGCCAUAGAAGUCAAGAUAAAUAUAGGAGUCGAUCUAGAGACAGGAUACGUAGUCGGUCACCCAGACGUAAUAGUAGAGGCCGUACUCAGAAAGGUUACAGUAGAGAAGAAACUAGACAAUUAAAUAACUCGAGAGACAAUAGUGAUCAUUAUAGGGAUAGUUACAAUAGAGACGAUAGAAAUCACCAAGGUAACAAAAGAGAUCGUCUUAAAAACAGUAGAGACCGUCAUAACAGUGAUGAAUCCAGGCCUGACCAAUUUGAAAAUAGGCGGAGGUCUGCAGAAUUGCGAGAAAAUGGACUUCCCAUAGAAAGUGAUUGUAAAUAUUCACCCAACAUGAAUGACAAACUAAUGAACAUGUCAGAAGAUCGGUCAUCUAAAAAAAGACAAAAUGUUUCUUCUUUAGAAAAUAAAUUGUCGAAAAAAGAUAAUGAUAGAAGGGACAAUAAAAGAAGAAAUUUGAAUAAGUCACAGAGGAAAACAGGAAGAGAACACAUUAAUGUUAAAGAAUUUGUAGCAGAGGGAUUGCGAGAAAUCAGAUUAGGUGAAAAAGACAAACUUAUUAAAAAGAAAUAUAAUGGAAUAAACAAUAGGAAUGAAUUACAAAAUAGGAUGGAGAAUUAUGUAUUAACAUCUAUGGACAUAGAAUGUCUUCACAAAAGGAAUGAUCGCUAUCAUUUCUAUAGGGACCCAAACAAAUCCACAGACACAACUUCGUCUUCUAAUACAUCAAAUGACCCAGCUGACAACAGCUUCAAAAAUACCAAAUCUACAACAUCAAAUGAAACAGAUGUGUUUGACAACAGCUUUAAAAAUACCAAAUAUCGAACAUCAAAUGACACAGCUGUGUUUGACAACAGCUUCAACAAUACCAAAUCUAGAACAUCAAAUGUAAUGAAUAUUGCUAAAGGUAUAUCCAAAGUCUGUCAAGUUCGUAUCACUGCAGAUGGGAAAAGAUCUUUUACCGAUAUUAAGGAAGAUGAACGGUACAAUGAUGAUGAUGAAGCAAAAACAUUCAAACAGACAAAUGAAGGAGAACAGAAUGUUCAUUGCAGUGAGAUAGUUCAUAGCAAUGAAGAUGACAUGGAUAGUGGGAAAUCUUUUACUUUUAGGACAAGACAUAAUUCUUUUCCCAAUGAAAAUAGAAAAGAACUUUUAAACAAUCAAAUAGAUACUUUAACCAAUCUACCACAAAGUGUGUCAGAGACUAGUGAGCUGUUAUGUCCUGAUCUGAACUCAAAUCGUGAAUCAAAAUAUAAACAUUCAAACGACAUGCAUACUGUGCAUGGUAAUACAGUAGACACUACCAUUCAUAGUGAUGUAAGGAUAUCAACCGACAAACCAAGGAGGUAUAUACCACCUGAAGAGCCAGUAGAUAAUGUACCAUAUUUUACAAACAUAUCUAGAUCAAAGACAUUGGUGAAAAAAUUAAAUUCUCGUAAACCAUUGCUGCCGACACCACCAAGAAGAGACAGUUUUGUGUAUGACUAUAAUCAGUCAUCUGUAAAUAAGCAGUCUCUGCUAGAAACACCUGGAAACUGUCAUAAUCCACGUGAUCAAAUUCUCCCAAACAUACCCGAUAAGGAGAAAAUAGACUCAGCUAUAGAUUGGUUUAUGAGAAACAACUCUAAUCGUUUUAAUUUGCCGAAGGAAUUGUCUGAGAAUGACAGUAGUGGUAAAGCUGUUGAAAAGAGUGAUGUGAAUACACCACAAAGUCAUACACAAAAAACUGAUAUUAUUAAUGAAUCAAACAAUACCAACACGUCACAUCAGGACACAUCAGAAAUAACAUCACCAUCAACUUCACUGAAAUAUCAAGAAGUUCAAAGUGAUGGACAUCAUAUAUAUACUCCUUUUGCCAACUUUUAUGAACAAUCAGAAAACAGUGAAGAAAGAGACAAGAGUAAAAAAUCUGAAGCUAAACUGAACUUAAAAAUUACAUUGACAUCAAAAUCGUCCACAGGUGAUAGUAAUAACAAUGUUCAUCGUGUCAGGAAAUCAAAUAACGUUACCGAAAACAGAGAUGUGAAAUCACAUAAUCUUACUGGAAAUAAAAACAUCAAAUCCAUUAAUAAUGCAGAGAAUACAGAGAAACCUGGUAAUGAAAACAAUCAGAAUUCAGAUCCAUCUGAGAUCACAUGUUCUCGUACAGCAGGGUUAUCAAGAGCAACAUCACGUUCAGUAAUUAAAUCUAAGUCAUCAGAAGGAAAGGACGGAUUGUUAAUAUCAGGUGAACAGAAAGAUCAAACAAGUCAUUCCUCAAAAUCAGAUAAACAGAAAGAUAGGAAAAAGCAUUCUUUAGAAAUCAAUGUAAAAUCAAAAUCAAAAGACAAUAAAAAUGAGAAGACAUCACGUGAAAAAAUGAAACAAGAGACUAGAAAAAUUUCCACAGACAGGAAGGAAACUUUGGCGCUAGAUCAAAACAUAAACAACAGAAAUGUGCCAUCUAGUCCAAAUGAAGAUUCAUUCGCUAAAAAUAAAUUAACAUCAACUCCAGUUACCAUUGGAAAAAGUAUAUCAUACGAAAAAGAUUUAUUUUUAUCACCUGUACUGAACCUAAAAACAUUGAAUAGUGGGUCAAAAGAAAAGAAACAACAUACUUCUGGUAGUCAUGAGAGACCAAACAAAUCAAAAUGUAUGGUCACGUCUCAGACAUUGUCGGAAUCAGAUUGUAGUGCUGACAACUUUAUGUUAGUUGAUAGCUGGCAUGAGGGAACAUUAUCAAACUCGGAAAAAUCAAAGAAUGCAUCAGGUGUUGAAUCAAAAGAAGUAAGUGUUGAUAAGGAGAUGAUGGAAAUUGAGAAAGAAGCAGAUGCAAACCAAAAUAUUUUUGAUAAAUUUGUUCACAAGAAAAAGUCUGAGAAAAGGUCCAGAAGUCCAUUAAGACUGUCAGAGCUUAAAAAGAUAAAUUCUGAUAAGAAAGCUCUAAAAGCAAAACAUGGCAAUCGUAAAUCUGUUGAUGAAGAUCUAGAAACAAAAGUUCUGGGUGAGAAGUCAAAUAAUUUAAAGAAUGAGAAAAAGUCUUUGAAAAAAGAAAAUGAAAAGAGGAAAGAAGAGAUGCACCAAAAUUCAAAGUAUUCAUCAUCAUCAGACAAAUCAAAGUUGAUUUCAUCAUCCAUCAAAUCAAAAGUAAUUUCAUCUUGUGUCAAAUCAAAUGAGGCAUCUUUACCUGAGAAAACACGUGUUAACUCCACAUCUAGUAGACUGAAAGUAUCAUCUACUCAUGAAAAAUCAAAAACACCUGAAACAUCUGCUUCUGUGAAUAAUUCUAAAAUGACUUCUAGUUCUGACACAUCUGAUGUUACAUCCACACCUAUUCACUCGUUAUUUGGACGUAAAAUUCGAACUGGAUUGGAAGAUUUACCGUUUAUAAUUACUCCAAAGAAAGACAAACCUUGUGAAGGAAUUGAAAAGUCAAAUGAAUCGGAAAAAAGUAGCAUAAAUAUUCCAGAAAACCUUUUUCUAAAGAUGAAGAAAAAACUCAGUCAAACAAGUAAUGUUGUAAAAAGGUUAGACACAGCGAAGACAAAAACAAUCAAAUUAGGAACGGGUAUAAAAAAUGAUAUUAUUACAAAUCAAUCGGACAAAAAAGAUUCUGAAAAGAAAAAGAAAACUGAAGAAUUUGAAAGGCAACAACAAACCAUCAAAGAGGAAAAUCAGAAGGAUAAAACGAGAAUUAAUUUAGAUAAAAAUGUUCACCAAUCAACAAAAACAGAUGAUGGGAAUGAUAAGAUUAAAUCCAUUGAACACAAAUCAUUAGAAAAACACAAACCAAAACAAAGGGAAAUAAUUAGACAGAAAAGUCAUGACAAAAAUAAAAAUUCCCCUGCAUGUGGUAUGAAGGAGGGAGAAAAACAUUCUGCGGAGAAAGAACAUCAGACUAGGAAACAAAAAAGUCAAAAUGACAAAGCAAAGAUCAGAUCAGUCAACAUAGAAAGUGGUAAAAACAAAUUGACAGGAUUUAAAGAUAAAACAGAAUUGACACUCGAAACAAAUAAAGUGUCUGAAAAUAUUGAUAGAACUGUAUCGAUGAGCGGAGAAAAAUAUCAAGUAGGGAACACUCAUCGGAAUCUUCACAAUGAAACGGAUUGUACUAAGAGCAAAGAGAAAAGCAAGGAAAACAAUCAGGACAAUAUUGAUUGUAAUAUGGAAAGUUCUGUGGACAAUAAUCUAGAGAGUCAGAAAGAUGUUGAUGAAAACACAUGUAAGAUUGUGUGCUCUAACAAAAAUGGGGCGGAUGACUACAACACAGAGAGUACUGUAAGCGUAGAUGAAAGUUUUGAGUGUGUUGGAAUUAUUGAAAAUGUAGACUUGAACACUGUAAGCUUAAGUGCUGAUGAAUUAGAAAAACUAGAAAAUGUUCAAAAUGUUGAGGUCAGUUUAGAAAGCUCGGUAACAACUAGUAAAAUUGGAGAAAUAGACAAUGAUCAGAUAAGUCAUAAUAUGUCGAUGAGUUCUCUAAGUGCAGACGAGAUAGAUGAGGAUGAACUCUUAAGGGACAUGGAGGUAAAUUGUCUAGAGGUUUCAGAGGAGGUAAUUGUACAAACAUCAUUUGAGGAGAACGCUGAGAAGACUGAGAUAAGUUGUCAACUAAACAGUAAGACUAGAGAUGUUUGUCACGAAGACACUUAUAGAGGAAACAUUUGUCAGACAGGGGAAGAAUCUCGGGGAACAGACAGAGUGUGGGGCACUGCUGAUGAAAUGGUACCGUCUUCAUCUGUUGUCGAGGAAGUUGAAAUCUGUACUACAGAAGAACUAUUACCUUGUCAUUAUGAACAGUUGGAAGUUUUAACAGAGAAACCAGCUGAAAUGGCAGAACAUUUAAGUGUUCAAAACUGUGGCAGUUUAGUAGGAAAUGCAAAUGUUGUUGACACCAGCCACUGUCAAAUCAGCACAGGCGAUAAUAAUCAUCAAAUAACCACAGUUGCUGAAAGCCACAGUCAUAUAAACACAGUUGUUAAUAGCCACAGUCAUAUAAACACAGGUGUUAAUAGCCACAGUGAAAUCAACAAGGAUGAUAGAAAUCAUCAACUAACCGCAGGUGAUGAUAGCAACCGUCAAAUCGACACAGGUGAUAAUAGCAACCGUCAAAUCGACACAGAUGAUAAUACCUACCGUCAAAUUAAUACAGGUGAUAAUUACCUCAGUCAAAUCAACAAUGAUGAUGAUAAUCAUCAGAUCACCUCAUGUGAUAAUAACGUUUGUGUGGACACUUUAGAGAAAAAUAGCAGUCUGACAAUUGGUGAUAAAACAAAGGAAAGCAUAGAGGAAUCAGCUUUUGUGGAUGCUGCUUCAAGGCUGUCAGAGACAAAAACAAUCAGUGAAAUUAAUUAUGUAUGUGUUGACAAGUUACAUACCAUUGCUUCAGAAUCUCAUACAACAAUGGAAUCCUCUAAAUGUUCUGUUGGAACUUCUGAUAUGAUGGAGAAUAAUUCUCAAAGACCGACAUUACUGGAAAUUUCAAAUUCUGAAAGAGUUGUUGAAAUGAAAGAGGGUAAAAAUAAAAAUGCAUCCCGAACAACAAAACAUUGUGUUAGUAUUAUGUCAGAGAAAAAGGAUAAAAAUAGUUCAGAUCAUAAAAUCAGUACCUCAGGUCAGAAAUUACAAACAGCGGAUAAAUCAGAGAGGAAAAGGCAGAAUGUAAAAGAAUCGUCAAAUAAAUCUGAUCAUGUGACUAAGGGGAGUGAAAAAUCAGCAGAACCUUCAAAAGUCAUUAAACAUGUGACUAAGGGGAGUGAAAAAUCAGCAGAACCUUCAAAAGUCAUUAAACAUGUGACUAAGGGGAGUGAAAAAUCAGCAGAACCUUCAAAAGUAAUUAAACUUGUGACUAUGGGGAGUGAAAAAUCAGCAGAACCUUCAAAAGUCAUUAAACUUGUGCCAUCACCAGCCAAGUCAAUGUUGCUGACUAAGAGGAACAAAUCAUCAGAAUCGGGAUUUAUUCGUCAAAAUUUACCAUCUAAAGUUCUAGAUGAUCGAGGCAAAUCGGCAAAAGCUAAUAUUCUGAAAGACUGGAAAAUGAGUGAUAAAUCUAUGCCUCUGAAACAAUCGGAAAAACACAAAGCUCUACCUUCUGAAAAAAAAUACAAAAGUUCUGGUGUUACGUCUGUAGGUAAAAUAAAAACUUUGGAUGGAUUAAAAACUCAAAAUGAUAGUCCAUCCUCAAAACAGAAAAAAUCACUAUGGAAACAACUCAGGAAGUUUGAAGGAAAAAGCAUUAAGAGAAAAAAGACUAACACAUCUUUGCUGAAUGCAAAAAAAUCACUUUGUACAGAUGUAAAAGUGAGUAAUAAAACACUAAAACCAACUGCUAAGAAUAGCCAUGAUAAAACUGUCAGCUCUGGAGCUAUUAAUAACAAUCAAGGAAUAGCAGUAGGAAUGGACACAGACAUAGAUAAGGAUAAAAAUGGCAUGGUUUCUAACAUUGACAAUGAUAAGAAAAAUGGUGAAAAGUUUGUUGAAGAUAAUCUUGGAGAAGGAGAUAUUUGUGGACUGAAGAUUGUCUCAGUUUGUGGAAAUGUUGAUUUCAAUGAAUCAGUCAAUUCAGAACUAAACACAUCAGAAGAUGAAGAGCUAAUGGAAUAUGUAAAAAAUAUGAAUGAUCGACCUGUUACACCUUCUUUGGAUAAUUUAGACAUAAUAAUGAACAGUUCACCAUUAAAAAAGUACAAUCAACCAAUACAAACUACUAAAAACAAUAGUGAAAAGAACAAUGAUCAAUCAAAACUUGUAGUUGUGACUAUGCCUUCAUUGGUUCACAAAACAACACGUAAAGACAGUUUUACUGGGACAUUUGUACCGAUGGAGACACAUAAUUCUCCAACAGAUGAGAGUGAACUUGAUAGCAGUUGUGAUAAACUUGUUAUUGAUACAGAGCAGUCAGACAGUAAAUUAUCCGGCAGCAGUUCACUUGAAGCGGAGCAGACCAACAUUUCUCUCUUAAAUGAUAAAGAAAUUGGUGAAAGUACCACGGAAACAGUGGAACUAUUGAAAGAAUUAUCAACUGUUGAUUCUACAACUGAAAAUAUGCACAACACUGAUUCUGGUAAUGACAUGUCAGAAAGUAUGCACAACACUGAGUCUGGGAAUGACAUGUCAGAAAGUGUGCACAACACUGAGUCUGGAAAUGACAUGUCAGAAAGUGUGCACAACACUGAGUCUGGGAAUGACGUGUCAGAAAGUGUGCACAACACUGAGUCUGGAAAUGACAUGUCAGAAAGUGUGCACAACACUGAGUCUGGAAAUGACAUGUCAGAAAGUGUGCACAACACUGCAUCAGGUAAUGACAUGUCAGAAAGUAUGCACAACACUGAGUCUGGGAAUGACAUGUCAGAAAGUGUGCAUAACACUGAGUCUGGUAAUGACAUGUCAGGAAGUGGACAAGUGGAAGUGAAUUGUAAGGCUCCAUCUACAACCAAAGACAGCACAUCAAUGAGUCACGAGGGAUCAAAAUGUAUUGACAAUGAUGAAACUUUGAUCUAUGCUAACAGUACCUCAGACAUGGAAUCAUCGAAAGAUACAAUAGACUAUUCUCAGGAUCAUCAGAAUAAAGUGGAAUCUGAAAACUUACAACAUGACUUGGAGGAAUACAGUGAUGGGGAUUUUGAUGAGGACGAUGAUGAUAUACAAAUUAUGUGGUACAUAAAAGGUGUGCCACAAAGUCCAUGGACACCAGCCACACCUCAUAUCAAACAGGAAAGUACCAAUGAAGGAGAAGAAGAAGAUGAUGAGUUUAAACAGCCUCCAGUUCUACCAGAACUAGAUGAAUAUUUCAAGAAAAAUCCUGAAAUCUUCUCACAGACAAAAACUGCUAAUGACACUUCAGGAAACAGUAGCAUUGUACCAAGUAGUCAGCCUGAUUCUCCACAGUUAGAUGACACAUACUGUGAUCUGUUCUUUGUCAAUGAUAAUCCUGACUUUAAGUAUGAGGCAACUCCUAUUGUAGAGGAUACUGAGUCUGAUGAUAAGUCAGAGAAGAUGGAAGGAAUCCAUGACACAGAAGAAGGCACUGAAAAGGUUGUAAGUCCUGGAGAAAGGAAGUCAACCGAAAAAGACAGUAACUUGGAUCGGUUAAGUAAUCUGAGAUUUGACAAAUAUCCGGAAAAAAUACAGGCUUUUAAAAACAAAGUUAAGAAAGUUAUCUAUGACAAUAAUGAUUCAGCAGCAAUAGACACGAAUCAUGGGAGUAAACAAUGUAUAGUUGAUCAACCAGAAAUCUCUGAAACAAAAUGCAGUUCUACGAAGGAAAAUGAAAAUGAUACUGCCUUAGAUAAUUUAAGUUCAACUGAAGGAUCUAAUAUUGCAGAACAACCAACUUCUAAAGAAAACAAUAGUGCUAGUUUAGAUCUAUCUCAAUCAACAGAAAAUAAUGAAGUUAAUAGUGAACAAGACCGACCAUCAUCAGCAGAAAAUAAUGAAGUUAAUAGUGAACAAGACCGACCAUCAUCAGCAGAAAAUAUGUAUGAUGCUAUUAAACAUCACAGUAGACAAAGAAAAACAACUAAACCAAGAUCAGGAAAUAAUCAAAAGAAGCUAGUAUUCGGUAGCUUACUGUUUCCACCAGGUUUACAAAGAACUAACAGUAAUGAUAAUGAUGAUGUUCAAAUCAUGCAACAAUCACAACAAAGUACUUUUGAAAUGGCUGAACCAACGAGGAGGCUGAUUUAUAGCAUGCUUUUGUUUUCAAGAAGGCUAACAAACAAUGGAAAUUACGAGUUUUCACAUUUCAAACCAAUCUGUUUUACUCAUGUCAAGGUUUUAUUAGAUGGAACUAAUAGGAACACACUUGGUGAAUUCAUUCCCAAAAAAUUGUGUGAUGUUCUAUUACGUUGUGUAAAAUGUUUGACAUGUAAUGGGGACUAUUCGCCAUAUCGAUUUAUGAGACAUGUGUGUAAUGUUCAAUGGAAGAAUGUGUCAGACAGAUCAUUACAGAAUCAACCGAUUCCAAGAGAACAGUUAGAAGGAUCAAGCCAAGUCCUAUGGAAACUCAUGUUCUAUGUCUUUCAAAUGGAGAAACAUUUAAGCAAGAACAAGAACAUUCAGAAUGUAGACGACAUCCCUGCCAAGGUUUUGAGAUCCCUUUACUGUGGAGAGAAUACAGUACAACAAGAUGAUAGGACAUCUAAAUUGACAAAGAAACAUUGGAAAGAAAUUCACUCCAAUCAAAAUACACAACACAAUGUCCAUCCUGUACAUAUGGUGGUUAAUCAGAGCCAGUAUACAGCUGGGCAAUAUCAGGCAGCACAGCAAGUCUGUCAGCAGUUGGGCAAUAAAGAUAGACAAUAUCAGGCAGCACAACAGGUGUCUGGCUGCCAGCAGUCGGGCAAUAAAGAUAGGCAAUAUCAGGCAGCACAACAGAUGCCUGCUUCUCAGCAGUCAAACAAUACUACUGGGCAGUAUCCUUAUCAGGUAACAUCUCAGUUGCCCACUUAUCAGAAAUCAGUUAAUACUGCUAGGCAAUACCAGAAUCAGGCAACACAUCAGAUACCCACAGGUCACCAUUUAGGUAGCCUACCUGCCUACCAACAACAGAAUACUCGUCAAGGUGGGGCUAUGGCGAAUCCAUUGUUGAACAUUCAUCCAAGUGCUAACAGAGGUAUUAUCCCACACAAUACACAGGAUACUAAUCAAAGACCACCUCACCAUACAACAACAUAUGUUAUUUCCUCAAACCGAUACCAACCAACAUUUCAACCAACUAGUCAAAAUGAGAUUACAGGACAACCUGCAUAUCCACAAGUUAAUCCAUCUUCAUAUGCCAAUCAACCAACAUUUCAACCAACUGGGCAAUCAUCACAAAUUAAUGGUAGUCAGCCAAUAUUUCAACCAUCUAGACAACCAUCACAGGUAGUUGGUAAUUAUCAUACAUUUCUAACAGGUGGUCAGCCAAUUAAUAGUACAAAUAUGAAUGUACCCACAAUGCAGCAGUCUUUUCAGACUUCACAGCCUAUAGUCAAUAACCAAAUGAAUUAUCUGUACAAUAGUAAUACAGCUUCUGAAAUACAUCAGGAUACUGUAACUGGACAUAACAGAACAACUUUGUCAAGACAAGAAAGUAGAGAGAAAAUCAAUGCUAAUAAGAAGAGUCCUUUGUUAAGACAGAUGGUGUCUUCAAAUACUUUUUCCAGUUCUGUGUCCAAUUUACAACAACAAAAAGAUGGGCAUACAAACCAACAGUCAAUAACUAGUGUUGCUCAUCAAAGCAUUAAAAAGACACCGUCACAGAAAAACAGAUCUUCGCCAAACAGAGAAAACUCCAGUCCAUCAUUGGCUAAUAAUGUUUCUAACAGGAGUAGAUCUUGGUCUGCAGACUCAAACAGAAAUGAAACUCCUCCAAGUUGUAGUAGAACUACCCCUGAUUUACCAGGUAUUAAUGGACAAAAUCCUUCUUUCUCUAGUAAUGAAAGACAACCCUUAUUAUUACCAAGUGCAAAACGAAGAAAAUUAUCAGAUUCUGACAAUCCUAAAGCAAGAAGAAGACUAAGUACAACCAGUCAGGAAGGUGAUCAUCAUCAGAAUAUAGAAUCUAGUAAAGGAAUUCUGACAGACAAUAAUAUAUCUUCACAAACAUCUACUCUAGCCUCAUCAGGACUUAGUACUACACCACAAACAUCAGGGAUACCUACCACACCAUCCGCAUCAGGACAAGUGGCCACGCCAUCCAAAGCCGGAAUAGCCACCACACCAUCCACAUCAGGUCUAGCUACCACACCAUCCACAUCAUGGCUACCUACCACACCAUCCACAUCAGCACUAUCAGCCACACCAUCCACCUCAGAGCUAGUGGCCUCACCAUCUACAUCAGGGCUAGCCACCACACCAUCCACUUCAGGGCAAGCUACCACACCAUCCACUUUAGGGCUAGCUACCACACCAUCCACAUCAGGGCUAGCCACCACACCAUCUACUUCAGGGCAAGCUACCACACCAUCCACAUUAGGGCUAGCUACCACACCAUCCACAUCAGGGCUAGCUGCCACACCAUCCACUUCAAAACCUACUAAAACACCAACAAUAUCAGAGGUUGCUAAAACUUCAUCCACAUUAGAACUUACAUCACCUUCAGCAUCAGGGAAUACUGCAACAGCAUCAGGAUCAGUUACUACUCCAUCAAGGUCAAGCGAAGGACAAAACUUUAUGAGACAACUUAACUUCCAGAGACCAGAAGACAUCAUUAAAGCCUUCCGGUUUGGACAGGAAAUACAACUUCAGGCUAUGAAUAAAAUGAUGGAACUAAUGAACAAAGAUAAAGAAAAUUAUGAACAGUUGGAGAAAGAGUUGGAAAUGGAGAAAGCUAGUCAUGUAAAUGCUCAAAGGAAACUGGAGCAAUUAGAAAGACAGUUUGGAACAAUAAUGGAUUGUCUUCAUAAAAAGUCAUGAUCCUUUCCUCCAAUGAAUUGAUGUUACUUGAUGAGUCCCUUUAUUAGAAAUCCAUCAGACAAAAUAGUGCCAAAUGAUAUAAGUGUAAAUAAAUGUAGAUAAUUCUGUAUAUAACAGCAUUUUAGUGCAAUUGGAUUAUAAUUCCGUCUGGUACAUGUACUUUAGUUGUUUAGGGGGAGAUAACAAAGUAUUAAGGGGCUAUAACUCCUUUUUUAAUAUUUUAUAUAGGGCUUUAAAUAUUGUUUUAAUCUAACAAAUGUUUAUAGUUUCAUGACAAUUUGUAAGGCAGCAACAGUAUCAGUUAUGAUUUGUAGUAAUUUUGUAGAGUCACAUUUUAUUGAACCAUGCUAAUCCACACAAUAUUGCAGCAAUAUAUUUACACAUAACCAUUGAAAAUUUUUACACUAUUCAAUCACUUUAUCUAUUUUUUGAACCAUAGAAUUUGUCUUUUGACUUUAUUUUAUCAGAAUAAACUUUCCCUUUAAUAGAAUAAUUUCAUCUUGCUUUGAAAUAUGCAAUAAAAAAUGUAUGGGGGGCGGGUUGAAAACCACAUGAUUUUUCUGAAAGUAAAAGGGUUGGAAGCAAAUGUCAAUCUGAAAUAAAUGAGAACAAAAAUUAUGGGUAAAAAUUAUCAUAAAAAUAUGUUUGGUACUAACAUGUACUAAUAUAAAAAUAAGGAGAUGUGGUAUGAUUGCCAAUGAGACAACUUUCCACCAAAGUUCAAAUGAAGUGGAUGUAAGCAAUUAUAGGCUAACCAUGGUAAUGGACUGUAUUAUACUAAUUUUAACGAGACUGGGACAAGGUACCAGUAUUUGAUGUAUCAAUAACACAUGUACAAUCUGAAUAAAACCUUAUAUAAUUCUAAAAAAAGUAUGUUUGGUCCAACCCCUGCCCCUAUACAUUUUUUUCUUGAGAGAAGUCCUUACUGAAGGAUUUAAGUGUAACAUGUUUACAGUUAUAUAGUCACAUUGCAUCAUGUUAUUGAAACCAACAAACCCACACAUUGUGUUCAUAUUGUACUUCUACAUUUAUUGUCUUUUAACACUUUUAUAUUUGCUAUUCAAUUAUGAAAAGUUUUUUUCUUUGUGUGAACUGCUGUCUUCAUUUAUUGUGUUGUUAUAUUUGAUAGCUAUGUUCGUUUCAUAAGAUAUGAAUAACCACUGUCAAUGCUCAGGUUUGUCUUAAUUUGAUUAUGUAUUUUUUUUGUCUGCUGAUAUUAACUGCUGCUUUUUUUAAAUUUAUUUAUUUCCAAACCUGUAAUAUAAAUUUUGUAUGGAAUUUGUUGAAAAAACUUUUUUUUGUUCAUUUCAAUGUUUUUAAUUUGAAUUUAAAUAAUGAGGAUGUGUUACAAGUUUGAAAACAUUUGGGGACGUAAAGUAAAGACAGAAAAAUAAUUCUUACGUAAAUUAAUUUAUAUCUUAAAAUAUUUUUAAACAAAUAUUGAAAAGAGUAAGAAACUUAACAAGAAAAAUUCUUCUUUGUUCAAGUUAAUGCUGAAGCAUAAAAUGUUUUAUUGAUGAAUACUACCAAUAACCAAAUUAAAAUUCAAUUUUAUUCUUCAAUUAUGACUUCAGCAUGCUAUUUGUAGUAAUAAGAGGUAUUUCUGUUUUGACAGAGGUCAUUAGCAUAUUUAUAGAAAAUAAGAGUACUACAUAUGAUCACAUAUGGUAGGACAGGAUAUUUCUUUCUUCAAUUUUUGUAAAUAUUUGAUGACACUAAACUGUAUGAAGAAUAAAAUGAAUAUUUUUAAGUGCCAAAGUGUACUUACUAGAGAAAACAUUGUGUGCCAAAUGAUUUUAUGUGUAAACUCAGAAUCUUAAAAGUGUUCACAUAAAUUGUUAUAAAAUUUUA